GGAAUUACACAUCAGCGACACUCUCAUUGUCGAUUUACAACGGACCCUCCUCUCAAGUUUUCAUUUUCUAUAACGAAUUACAAGAUGGCUGCCAUUGCUUCCCGUUCUCUGCCUCGACUCUCUACUUCCAUGCACACCACCUCCACCCUCCUCCCACAAGCUCUAACACCCGCUGCAACACGCCCACGCACACUCACGCCCAAGGCAACACGCCCGUCCACACGCACGCCCACGCCAACACUCGCAUACACCAACACGCCCAGCUCCAGGACCAUCACCAGCUAUCAGGGUCUUCAAAGUCAACCUGAGCCCUGGAAGAUUGUUGAGGAGCUUCACAUACCCGAAGAUGUGGAGGAGGAGGAGGAGGAGGAGGAGGAGGAGAGAAUGGGUCUUCAUCUGGAGGCUCUUCAGAUGUGGCGCGACAGCUUCGGGCAGUAAGGAUCAUUAAAGAAGACUUAAUGAACCGCGGCAGCUACGACGCCCUGAACGUUAACUCUCGCGAGGAAGUCAAGCUGAUAAGAUACGCUGUAGGAGGAGGCCCUGCUGGACAUACCCAGGGGCUGGGUGGCCACCACCAACUACUAAGGAACCUUCACCCGCUGGCGACACUAAAUCCUCACUAGUUCUUUUCACACUGAAGGAGAACGGCCCACGACUGACGGACAAAUCGCCGCUCUGACAAUAGAGGAUCAACGUGAAGGAACAACGAUUCUCUCCGACCAAUUUUUCACGUACACGAUGUUUGUUUGAAAUGAAGAAUCUCCUCCUUACAUUCUGAUUCUCAGGUGAUCAUAAUGUGUCUCAUGGCAGUGUUAGCACCAGUAACUGUGCAAGACAAAGACGUUCUUGGAGAAUGUUUGUGUUUAUUUUAAAUAUAAAAUACAAUAAAUUUCGGAUAUUGUUAGAGUUACAUAACUGAUGUUUAGUUGUGGCAAGAUGAUUGAAGUAUAAAGUUGCGUGUUAUUUCUCACUUCAAACGGGCUGAGCAGUCAACAGGUGUGAGAGUAGUGGCAGGACUGUCAUCAAGUGUGAGAGUAGUGGCAGGGCUGUCACCAGGUGUGAGAGAGUAGUGGCAGGGCUGUCACCAGGUGUGAGAGUAGUGGCAGGACUGUCAUCAAGUGUGAGAGUAGUGGCAGGGCUGUCACCAGGUGUGAGAGAGCAGUGGCAGGGCUGUCACCAGGUGUGAGAGUAGUGGCAGGACUGUCAUCAAGUGUGAGAGUAGUGGCAGGGCUGUCACCAGGUGUGAGAGUAGUGGCAGGACUGUCAUCAAGUGUGAGAGUAGUGGCAGGGCUGUCAUCAGGUGUGAGAGUAGUGGCAGGGCUGUCACCAGGUGUGAGAGUAGUGGCAGGACUGUCAUCAAGUGUGAGAGUAGUGGCAGGGUUGUCAUCAGGUGUGAGAAUAGUGGCAGGGCUGUCACCAGGUGUGAGAGUAGUGGCAGGACUGUCAUCAAGUGUGAGAGUAGUGGCAGGGCUGUCACCAGGUGUGAGAGUAGUGGCAGGACUGUCAUCAAGUGUGAGAGUAGUGGCAGGG